AUGCUGGCCGAAUUCCGAUCUCAGCAUAAAGCGGCCCAUCGAAGUGAAUUGGAGAACGAAAUGACGCUUAUCCAAGAAAGUUCCGCUAAGGAGAGCCGCCUCACCGAUCGAAUUACAGUGUUAGAAACAAGUCUACGAAACACUGAACAGGAACUAGCUCGAUGUCAGAGUGAAUUGGAACGAUUGAAAGUUGCCCAUAGUUCAGCAUCCGCCUCCUGGCCGCUGGAGAGCAGAGGCGCGAUUAAAGCUGAGCUGAAGGAAACAAAAGAACGAGAACAGAGAUUGAUGGGUGAAUAUACCGAACUCGAGGAGGAAAAUAUAGCACUGCAAAAGACGGUGGCGAAUCUACGUGGUGCACAGGUGGAAUUCGAAUCGCUGAAAAUUGACUGUACCAGAUAUGCGGAUGAAAUUUACAUGUUGAACGCGGCUAUCGAAGGAAAGCCAACUGCUGAAGAAUAUCGCUGA